ACGUUAGUCAGUUAACUUUAAGAUAGAUGUCGUGGUGUGUCGAUAGAGGGCUCUCGGUCCUUUUUAGAAGAUGUGAGAGACAACAUGUAUAAGAUGGAGUUUGUUACAUGGUGUCAGGUGAAACACCUGAGAACUGAAAAAGAAGAAAGAAAAGGAAAAGGAGAAAAAAAAAGAAGCCGCGAGAAAACGAGAUCUGUUCGAACCUAAAAAAAGUUAAUAAGAAAAUGGCGUGCUUCAAGCCUCCGAAUUCGCUGAAAUUCGAUGAAAAUAUUGAAAGAAAUUUCAAUCAAUUCCUUGAAAGCUUAUCGUACUUUAUGAAAGCAUCAGGAUAUGACAAAAAGGAUGACGAAACGAAAGUAUCGAUUUUUCUGAAUAUAGCUGGAGAAGAAGCGCAAGUUGUGUUUCGACAGUUGGGAUUAUCCGAAGAAGAGAAGAAGAAAUACACUACAGUAGUAGAAGCUUUUAAACAACACUGUGCUCCAGUAAGAAAUGAAACAUAUGACCGAUUUAAGUUUUUUAAUCGAUUUCAAGGUGAGAGUGAAGACUUCGAACACUUUUUAACUGAUAUUAGAACAUUAGCUCAAGCAUGUAACUUUGAACAAUUAGAAGAAGGGCUAUUGAAGGACAAAAUCGUUAUAGGAAUAAAUGACAGAGAUUUACAAGAAAGGUUGCUCCGAACACCUAAACUUACCUUGAAAACUGCCAUAGAGUAUUGCAGAGCUUCGGAAGUGACUAAAAGACAACUAAAAGUAUUAACUAAAGAAGAAGGAGAAGGAAAUAUGGUUAGUUACAUCAAGCAAGGAGGAAAGAAAAUGGAUGGAAAAAACAAGAACAAGAAAGAAAAGGAGUUUAAGUGCAAAUACUGCAAUCGAAAUCACAAGCCAAGACAGUGUCCAGCGUACGGAAAGACUUGUAUGGUAUGCAAAAAAGAAAAUCAUUUUGCCGAGGUGUGCAAGUUUAAUAUGAAACAAACAAAUAAGAAGAAUGUCCGAGAUGUCAAAGAAAGCCAUAAUGCAGAAGAAGAAAGCACCGAGGAGGAUGAUAAGUAUAUUAGAUUAGAUUCCAUAAUCAAUAAUGAUAAAAAUGUUAAACAAUGGACACAGAAAAUAGAUGUAAAUGGAAAAAAUAUUGUUUUCAAACUAGAUACGGGUAGCGAAUGUUCAAUUCUGCCAUUUGAUCUGUUACAAAAUAAUUUAAAAAACAAUCUAGUUUUAGAAAAAACAAACACUGUAUUAGUAGUUUAUAACGGAAAUAAAAUAAAACCAUUAGGGACAGUUAAUCUAAAAUGUAAUAUAAAUGAAAAAGAAAGUAAGGUUAGGUUUGUAAUUAUAAAAGAAAGUAGAGCAAUACCGAUCCUAGGUUUAGAAGAUUGUUUAAAAUUAGGUUUAAUAAAAAGAGUUGAUAAAAUAAAUGUCCAAGUUAGUAAGGAUAAAACCCAAUUUAUAAAAGAAAAUUCAAGUGUGUUUGAGGGUUUAGGGAAUAUAGGCAUGUGUAAAAUUAAAUUAAAAGAUGAUGCUGAACCAAUAAUAAAACCGCUAAGGAGAAUUCCAGAAUCGAUUAAACCACAGCUGAAAAUAGCUCUAAAUAAACUAGAAAGUAAUAAAAUUAUAGAAAAAGUUGAAGGACCAACAGAAUGGUGCCAUAAUCUAGUAGUAGUUCAAAAACCAGAUGGAAGUUUACGACUUUGUCUGGAUCCAAGAUAUUUAAAUCAGUACAUAAUAAGAGAAAAAUGUCAAAUUCCAUCUCUGGAAGAAAUUUGUAGUAGAUUAGCAGGAAAAAAGUUUUUCUCAGUCUUGGAUAUGAAAGAUGGGUUUUUCCAAGUGAAACUAGAUAAACAAAGUAGCAAAUUAUGUUCUUUCGGAACACCGUUUGGAGUAUAUCGGUUCUUACGAAUGCCAUUUGGUAUAUCAUCUGCUCCAGAAAUAAUGCAAAAUUUAAUGUUUUCAAUUUUUAAUAACAUAGAAGGAGUAGAGACCUAUUUUGAUGAUAUAAUUAUUUCAGGAACUACUUUGGAAAAACAUGAUAGAGUUUUACAAACAGUUAUAGAUCGUGCAAAAAGAUUUAAUGUUAAGUUUAAUAAAAAUAAGGUCCAAUACAGAAUAAAUCAAGUUAAAUUCUUAGGAUUAAUUUUGUCUGAAAAAGGCAUAAGUUGCGACCCUGAUAAUGUAAACACAAUUCUUAAAUUAGAACCACCAAAAAACGUGAAAGGGGUACAGAAAUUUCUUGGAAUGUGUAACUACAUAAGCAAAUUUAUUCCACGGUUUGCUGAAAUCACAGCCCCUCUAAGAGAGUUAACUAAAAAAGAUAAUUCUUGGAAUUGGGGGGAAAAUGAAAACAAAGCAUUUACAAUUUUAAAAGAAAAAAUAACUCAAUCACCUACAUUGAGAGUUUUUGAUAAAGAAAUGCCUAUCACUUUACAAACAGACAGCUCAAAAAAUGGGGUUGGCGCGUGUUUAUUACAAAAUGGACAACCCGUUUCUUUUUACUCAAAAAGCUUAACAGAAGCUCAAGUCAGAUGGGCACCAAUCGAAAAAGAAUUAUUCGCCAUUUGUUGUGGUGUAGAAAAGUAUCACCAGUUUGUCUAUGGUUACAAGGUAAAGGUUGAAACAGACCACAAACCAUUAGUGUCGAUAGUUAAAAAAGAUAUCAAUAAGGUCAGUGCCAGAUUACAACGUAUGCUUUUAAAGUUACUAAAGUAUAAGUUGGAGGUAACGUAUGUUCCUGGAUCAAAGAUGUAUAUAGCAGACUUCCUGUCAAGAAAUUACUUAAAAAAUACUGGACAAGAAGAUAAGAGCUUAUUAGAUGUAGUACAUUGCAUGAGUGCUGAAUUACCUAUAUCUGAUAGUCGUUUGUUACAACUACAAAAAGAAGGUCGAAAGGACGAAAAUCUAAAAACAUAUAUUGAGUGGUACAAUGAAGGGUUUCCUAAAAACAAUAAGAAUGUUGAAGGUAAGGAACUGAAAAUACUGUAUAAAUUGAGAAAUGACAUUACGGUACAGAAUGGAAUUUUGUACUGGGGUAAAAAAGUUAUAAUUCCGAAAACACUUAGGAAAGAAAUGCUUAAUAUAAUACACACAGGUCAUCUAGGAAUUGAUAAAUGUAAGGCUAGAGCUAGAUCGUUAUUAUACUGGCCUGGAAUUACACUGGAUAUAGAAAAUCUUAUAAGACAAUGCAAAGUAUGUGAGAAAUACAACUUAUCGAAUCCAAAAGAAACGUUUAUUGGUCAUGAGAUUCCGGAAUUACCCUUUAAUAAAGUUGGCAUGGACUUGUUUCAGUUCAAAAAUCAUGACUAUUUGCUUGUAAUUGACUACUACAGUAAGUGGAUUGAGGUUAAAGAGUUGGAAAAUAAAACAGCUGGUAACGUAAUAAAUAGAUUAAAACAAAUAUUCUCUGUUCAUGGAAUUCCAGAAAUUAUUAUUUCUGAUAAUAUGCCAUUUUCUAGUUACAACUUUAAAAAAUUUACUGACAGUUGGGGAAUAAAAGUAAUAACAUCUAGUCCAAGAUAUCCUAAGUCGAAUGGUUUAGCGGAAAGGGGAGUAGGUGUAGUAAAAAGAUUGUUGAAGAAGUGUUUAGAAAGUGAUCAAGAUAUAUAUUUGGCAUUGUUAACGUAUAGGAACACGCCCAUUACGGGUAUGUCCUAUUCACCUGCGCAAAUGUUAUUUUCUAGAACAUUAAGGGAUAAAUUACCUUGCACUAAAAAUAGUUUAAAACCGCAAAUGAGUAAUAACGUAUAUGAACAAUUGUUGAAUAAUCAGAAAAAAUCAGAAACAUGUUAUAAUAAAACAUCAGUUGAACCUAAAAGUUUUAAUAAAGAUGAUAAUGUGUUAAUUCAAAAUUUAGAUAAUAAAACAUGGGCUCCAGGUAAAAUAGUGGAUGUUUAUGAUACACCUAGAUCAUACAUUGUACAAAAAGAUACAGGUAGGCAUAUUAGACGCAAUAGUGUGCAUCUCCGAAAAUCGUAUAAUGAUGUAGUAAUUAGACCUAAAUUAACUGAAAUUGACAACAUUCCCGAUAGUGACAUAUAUGUAAAAAAUCGUACUAAGCCUAGUUUAAGUAAGGUUGUUGUUAAUAAAGAUUGUGAACCGAUAGCAAGACCGUCAGAUUCAUCUGUGCAAACGAGGUCGGGUAGAGUAAUAAAGGAACCGUCACAUUUGAGGGACUUUGUUGGGUAUAGACUUGGGAGGGGGGAUGUAGUACGUUAGUCAGUUAACUUUAAGAUAGAUGUCGUGGUGUGUCGAUAGAGGGCUCUCGGUCCUUUUAGAAGAUGUGAGAGACAACAUGUAUAAGAUGGAGUGUAAGAUAUUUUUAUAAUAAUAAAACAACUAAGUACUUUUAAAA